AUGGCCUUCUUCACUAUCCUGUUGUCCCUUUGUGGACUACCUACUCUCUAUCUGGUUGGAGCACUGAUUCUUCGCAAGUUUUCCGAUUCGCGAUUCAAGUCAUUGCACGGAUGUCUCGACCCGCCUGCGUUACCUCAGCGUGAGCGGAUCAUCGGACUUGAUCUGCUGAAAGACGGCGCUGCGGCCGUUAAAGCAAAGACAAGCUUGGAAGGCGCUGUCCGUCGCAUCGCAUCCACUGGCAAUACUUUUUCAAACACCGUCGUCGGCCUCAACAUCAUAACUACCAUCGAUCCUACCAACAUCCAGACCGUCCUUGCUCACAAAUUCAACGAGUAUGACCUGGGAGGCAGGAUUUAUGCCUGGGGUCCGCUUGUCGGCAAGGGCGUGUUCACAUCUGACGGUCCCGAGUGGGCCCACAGACGUGCAGUCCUUCGACCAAACUUCAACAGACAACAAAUCUCUAGCCUGGACAUGUUCGAGCGGCAUUUCAGUCAUCUCUUGGCCUUACUACCUCAGGAUGCAUCGACUAUCGACCUACAAAAGCUGUUCUUCAGCAUGACCCUCGACUCGGCCACGGAAUUUCUAUUUGGACAAAGCGUCGGUGCCCAAGGGGCAGGUCAAGGAAGUGAAGCUGAUCGCUUCCAAACUGCUUUCGACUACGCCCAACAUCAGAUGCCCGACCGCAAUCGCCUUGGUAUCAUGAAUCUGCUUGUCCCAAACGCCAAGUUCAAUGCUGCCUGCAAAGUCGUGCACGCAUGGGCCGACACAUACAUCGAGCAAUGGCUCAAAGAUAGAAACCACGACAAAAAGGAAAACUCCUCGAGUGAAGCCACAAAAUACUUCUGUCUCGAGCAAAUUGCCGACGAGAUCCAAGAUCCGAAGCAGCUCCGUGACGAAAUGCUCAACGUGCUACUUGCCGGAAGAGACACUACCGCAGGACUGCUCUCCAAUACAUUCCAUGUCUUGUCGCGACAUCCUGAUGUCUGGACGAAGUUGAAGGUGGAAGUCGACACUCUGCAGGGUAAACUCCCCACUUACGAAGACCUGAAAAGUCUGAAGUACCUUAAAUGUGUCCUGAAUGAAGUUCUUCGUCUGUAUCCUCCCGUGCCAACUAAUGCACGCUAUUCCAAAGUCAAUACGGUUCUGCCCACUGGGGGUGGUCCGACUCGCACAUCACCUGUCUUCGUUUCCGCGGGUUCGAUCGUCGUUUUCUCAAUCUACGCUUUGCAUCGACGUCACGACAUAUAUGGCCCUACAGCUGAAGCCUUUAAUCCCGAACGAUGGGCUGCGGAUUCGCCCGACGGCCCUCUCAGGCCGGGAUGGGGCUUUAUUCCCUUUAGUGGCGGCCCAAGAAUUUGUGUUGGCCAGCAGUAUGCUUUGACGGAGGCUAGCUAUACGGUCAUCAGGAUGUGUCAAAUCUUCAAGGAAGUGCAGUCCAGAGAUCACGGGCCUUGGAGGGAAGGUCUUGGGUUGACCCUGUGCAGUGGUCAAGGCACUAAGGUUGGAUUGGUCCCUGUGUGA